GGGGAACAGAAAGACAAGCAACAAGUGGAAAGGAAGAAGACGCACAAGCCCAAGUGGAUAUUUGGAAAUAUGUGUUUGGGUUCACUGAAAUGGCAGUUGUGAAGUGUGCCAUUGAGCUUGGGAUAGCUGAUGUCCUGGAAACCCAUGAAGCCCCUAUGCCUCUCCCUCAACUAUCUUCAACACUUGGAUGUUCCCCAUCAUCCCUCCACCGCAUCAUGAGGUUCUUGAUUCAUCGCGGCAUUUUCAAAGAGAAUUCAACAGGCCAAUGUUCCGUUGGUUAUGUUCAGACACCACUCUCUCGCCUUCUAAUGAAACAUGGAGAAAAAAGCAUGGCUCCAUUGUUGCUGCUAGAGAGCAGCCCUGUGAUGCUUGCACCGUGGCAUAACCUAAGAACCCGUGUUUUAGCCACCGGAACUUCACCAUUUGAGGCUGCCCACGGGGAGGAUGUGUGGAGUUACGCGAUGACAAACCCGGCCCAUAGUAAGCUCAUCAAUGAUGCAAUGGCUUGUGAUGCUCGGGUGGCGGUGCCUACGAUAAUUUAUGGUUGUCCAGAGGUAUUGGAGGGGCUUGGCUCGUUGGUGGACGUUGGCGGGGGUGACGGAACAACUCUUGGCAUUCUGGUGAAGGCCUGUCCUUGGAUUCGAGGGAUCAAUUUUGAUCUCCCUCAUGUUGUGUCUGUUGCUAUGCCUUGCGAUGGUGUUGAGCAUGUUGGAGGCAACAUGUUUGACAGUGUUCCAAAGGCCGAUGCUGCAUUCCUCAAGUGGGUACUGCAUGACUGGGGAGAUGAUGAAUGCAUUCAUAUCCUGAGGAAAUGCAGAGAAGCUGUCCCAUCGAACACGGGGAAGGUAAUUAUAGUAGAGGCCGUGAUUGAAGAAGAGGAAGGAGACAAGCUUAAGGAUGUGAGGUUGAUGCUGGAUAUGGUGAUGUUGGCUCAUACAAACAAAGGGAAAGAGAGGACUUUGAAGGAAUGGGCACAUGUUUUGAAGGAGGCUGGGUUCACCCGACUCUCUGUGAAGCACAUUCAAGCGGUUCAAUCCGUUAUCGAGGCUUAUCCCUGACUUGCAUUACAUUUCUCUCUUCUGGAUUUCAUUACUCUUGCAUUUAGUGGUAGGAUUUGUCUUGGGAAGUUACAAUUUCAUGUUCUAUUUCACUCGUUAAUGUUGUUUCUUUUUGCCAUCCACUCAUUAUACUAGUUCGAUAUCAG